AGUCUCCAUGGGGGGGGCAGCACUUUCAGCCGGGGUGCGCUUUGGGGUGCCCCCCGGGGAUGGGGGGGGAAACAGGACACAAAGGGUGGGACACUGAGGGGCCCAUGGGUGCCCGGUGCUGCCCCAGGGCCACCCCUGGGGGCUCAGGGUCCCACCCCAGCCACAUGCCCCCCCAUUUCUGGGGACCCCCAUCUGCCCCCCGCCUCCUCCAGCCCCAUGCCCAGGGGUCCCCCCCUCCUCUCCCCCAGGUGACACUGGAGAAGGUGCUGGGAAUCACCGCCCAGACCAGCAGUGGCCUGCGACCCAGCCAUGGGGCUGCUCACCUACCCCGCUGGGUGAGCACCCGUGGGGACCCCCCCCCGGGACCCUUCUGCACCCCCCAAAAUCCCGCCUGGGGAAAAACCUCCCCCCUUCCUAUCCAGGUGUGUCGUCGUCAUCCUGAAUCCCUGGGAGAACACGCAGAGAUACAUCCUGAACACCUCCAGGAAAACCCUGAGCGCGUUGGCCUUCUCACCCGACGGGAAGCUCAUCAUCACCGGAGAGGUGGGUGCCACUUAUUCGUAGUCACCUACACUCCAAUUUUGUCUGUCCCAGCACCGGUGGGAUUGAGUAGCCAGGAUUAUUCCUCCCCGGCUUUUUUGGGGUUUUCCACACAAUUUGGGAUGGUGCUGGGAGGGUGGGAACACCCUUUAGGGUUGGAGGAUGUACCAGCUGGCCAUGGGGAACCGGUGAGAAGGGGAAAGCCACCACCACGCCGCUGUUUUCCCCAUGCAGAACAGGCACCGACCGGCCAUCCGCGUGUGGUAUGUGGAGGAACGGGCGCAGGUCUCAGCGUUGCACGGUCACAAGCAUGGCAUGGCUUGCGUCGCCUUCUCCCCCAGCACCAAGUACCUGGUGUCGGUAGGGUACCCCCACGACAUGGUGGUCAACGUUUGGGACUGGAAGGUGAGCUCCAGCCAAACCAAGCUGGCUUAAAGCAGCUUGAAAUUCCCCAAAUCGCAGGGAAAACAGACCUUUUCCAUCUUUUCUCCCGAUCGCUCGUGGCUCCGGACUUUUGCGGGGGUAAUGCUUACUGUGCACGACCCCACUGCGUCUUUCUUUCUGAGCAGAAAGAUUCCCUGGUCGCAUCAAACAAGGUGUCCUGCAAAGUGAUGGCCAUGUCCUUCUCCGAGGACAGCUAGUUCGUCACCGUGGGGCACCGCCACGUCAAGUUCUGGUUCCUGGACUUGUCGAGGGAGCUGAAGGUGAGGGGGUGCCCUUUGCUGACGCCGUCCCACAGGCCGCAGGCGGCCGAUGGAAGCUGGACUAGGGCUGGAUGCUGCUUAAAUCCUCAUCACCGAAGCUGAUGUGAUGUGGGAGCAGGUGCUUUCUGUAGAAAGAACCGAAGAAAUGCCAGGUUUUCCCCCCAAAAUUCAUGUUGUGUCAUACCUGGACGUUGCUUUGCUCCAUCUGCCCGGUGCCGGACCUCGAAGCUGUGGGUGCUUUGGCUCAACCCAGAGCUGGGGAUGCUCUGGCCGGUGAGAGCCCGUGGUUGCAUGGCAGCUCUGCUGGGGAAUGCAUGUGGGCACGGGAACGCUGCCGACGUCCAGGGCUGUGCUUGCUCCAGAGGGCUUGGAGCCAUUUCCUUUGUUAAUGUUCGUUAAUGUCGGGUUGGCGGUGCUACCCUGCUUUGCAGAUCAGUGAGAUGGUGCCGCUGGUGGGAUGCUCAGGGCUGCUGGGAGAGCUUCACGACAAUGUCUUCUGCACCAUGGCCUGCGGCCAAGGGCAGAUGUCAGGCAGCACCUUCUGCGUCUCCUCCUUGGGGCUGCUCUGCCAGUUCAAUGAGAAACGGGUGCUGGAGAAAUGGAUCGUUCUGAAGGUGGGCGGGCGGGGGAUAUCCCCUGGACCC